UAACGCCGGUAAUCAUUCUGAAAAGUAUCCAGGAUGCGUCACCUUCUCCCCCUCCCUCUCCUUUUCUCACUUGCUAGCGCCCAGUUCGUCUUCUUCGGAGGCAACCAGGCUCCCAGGUUUGGAGGACAACCUUCCCUCCAACCCCAACCCUUCAGAUCCCAACAAUUCCAGUCCCAACCCUUUCAAUCCCAACAGUUUCAAUCCCGUCCUUCUCAACCCUUGAGGUUCGGUGUCAGCUCUUCUCCCGCCUUCUCCAACUCCGUCCCAACCGCCGCUGCAUCUUCAGCAUCUGCUGGAGCCAAGGGAAACUAUCAAUGGGGCGGAAAGAACUUCCUCCUGACCUGGAGAAAUGGGCGGAGCGACUUUGCCUGGUCUGAGGGCGUUUCCUUCUGUAGGUCCCAAGGGAUGCAGCUUGUGUCUCUGGACUCAGCUGAGAAGGCAGAUCACUUCUUGGGACUGAUCGGUAGUGAUCGUUCUCCGUACUCCUGGGUCGGAGGAGAGGUUAGCGGAGAUUCUAGAACCCUGAGCUGGUUGAACGGAAAGACCGAUGAUGUGAGGAAAGGACAGCAUCCCUGGUCCUUCACAGGACGUACAGGUCCUCAACCUGAUGGAGGAGAGAGGUGUCUCGCUAUUCUUAACAAUACUUACAGGGACGGUGUGAAGUUUCACGACGUAGCCUGUCAUCAUAAGAAACCAGUUAUCUGCGAGGAAUAGACGAACAGACGAAUAGACGAAUAGAUGAAUAGAUUAAAGAGAAGAAUAGAUGAAAAUCUAUUUACUCAACAAAUGCAAGUUUAUUCAUGAAACGCCGAAGGAGGUUAAGCUCUGAAUUAUUUAUAUAUUUAUAACAAAUAUAAACUGUGGUUAUUUAUAAAACUAAAUAAAAGAUCCAACAGUAUA